UAGUCUGUACUUUUACUUCAAAUCCGUCAGAACUAAGUACCUGUUUUGUUUUCAAUAGAUUUCAUGUUUUCUAAAUGUGGUUCUUAAAAUAUGUCUCCUUUUCUAUUGUAGUAAAUUAAUAUAUAAACUAAUAAUAUAAAUAAAAUGGAUAUGAGGACUUUCAAUGAACUAGCGUUAUACGAUGACUACGCGAUUGCAGAACUUGUUCCUGACCAUAUUCUCGAAAAUAUUUUUUCAUAUCUCAAUCUGAGAGAUCUUUUAAAUUGUUCUUUGGUGUGCAAGAGCUGGUAUAGAAUUCUUAGUGACGAAAAUAAUGAUGUGUGGAGAUUACAUUGCAUUAAAAGAUUAGCUGAAGAAGUACUGAAAUCUGAUUUACUUUCAACAAUAACUACUUACAAGUCUAAACUGAGAGCAUUUUUUCACGCUUGGAAUCCACAUGAUUGCUCAAGAAAUAUAUAUGUUAAGCCAAACGGAUUCACGUUACACAGAAAUCCUGUAGCACAAAGUACUGAUGCUUGUAGAGGAAAAAUUGGAUUUUAUCAUGGCCGCCAUGCUUGGGAAGUAAUAUGGGAAGGGCCUUUAGGCACAGUGGCUGUAGUUGGCAUAUCAACAAAAGAUGCUCCUCUCCAAUGUCAAGGAUAUGUUGGAUUACUUGGCUCAGAUGAACAAAGUUGGGGAUGGAAUUUAGUUGAUAACCACUUAUUACAUAAUGGGGAUACACAAGGGCACUAUCCACUUCUAAAUAACUGCCCUAAAUACCAAGUCGGUGAGCGAAUUAGGGUGAUAUUGGAUUGUGAAGAUAACACCUUAUCAUUUGAAAGAAAUUAUGAAUUUUUAGGAGUUGCAUUCAAAGGCCUUCCAAAUAAGAAAUUAUAUCCUACGGUGUCUGCUGUAUAUGGAAAUACUGAAGUAUCUAUGGUUUAUCUGGGCCCACCAGUGGAUGGCUGAUAGUAAAUGGUGUCUAGAAAAAUGUCAAUUUCUAGUCCAAAACUCAGUGAUACUGAUAGAUAAUGUUAUUUAUUCUAAAGCUUUUAAUUUCUUUUGUAAUAGCACUUUUGUGUACUAUGGAGAUAAAGUAUAUUAUAAAAGAAGUUUAACUGCUUAGUGAUGGUUAAUUGUUAAGAACAAAUGACAUAAUCAGACUGAUCAGCUAAAUUUUUUGUUGGCUGUGGUUUAAUUGUAUCUAGGUACUUAUUAUUUUUAUUAUUAUUUUAAAAUCUUAUAUAUACACUAUUAUUACAAUGGUUUUAAUGUAUUUUUGUUUAUAACAUAAACUUUAGGUAUGUUAUCUAUACAUAGGAAAACAUUUCUUACAUGUUAUAUAAUUAAAAUUAUUUUUAUUAUUGUCACAGUAAGUUCUUAUACAUACCCAUUUUAAAAUAUUUCUUUUGAAACUUUAUUUUUAUUUCACUGUGAUUAAUCUGAUAAAAAGAUUAUAAUCCUAUUAAUAUUAUAAAUGUGGAAAUUUGUGAAGAUGUUUGUAUGUUUAUUAUUUUAUCACACUAAAAUGGUUGAACGGAUUUAUAUGAAAUUUGUACACGGGUAGGUUAUAUCCGAACUUAAAACACAGGAUACUUUAUAUACUUUACACGGGCAAAGUCGUGGGAAACAGCUAGUUGUUAUAUAAAAUUUACAUAAUCUCACAUUCCUCUGAGGUAAGAAGAAAGUAUAUCGACAUCUCGAUUACUAGUAGAUUUACACCCUUAUCCGUUACUUUUGUAUUAUUGAUGAACUUCAUGUCAACUUUCUGUUAAUUUUCAUCUAAAUAUGUUCAGUGCUUUGGCCUAAUACUAAUCAUGUGAUAUACCUUCCAAAAUAUGGAGAAAUCCACAAUCAAUUAAUGUAUUGAAUAAUAUUACAUUCCGAUACCAUCAGUACUUGUUAGACGUCUUCUGCUUACUUGCAGUUACACCAGGAAAAAUUCUCUUAGAUGGCAAAUUUUACUAUCUUUUCGUAAAGUAUAACAGAGCUAUAAUAGAUGCUAAUUUUGUGUUGUAAUUAUGCUUUAAUGAAAAUUAAGAGUUAUUUGCAGAUAAAAGUUAUAAGAUAAAAAUUUUUACAAGUAACACUACAUACGUUUUACACCUGAAGAUAUAAAAAAGUGCCUAUGCACCUGGUAUAUACUAAUGUAUCUUGCAUUGUUAAAAUACCAGAGAUAGCUCGUCAAUCUACACGUAGUGUUAGGUUAAUUGUAAUAUUUAUUAAUCUUUUGUUUUGUUGAUGAUAUUUUUAUAGCUUAUUCCUGUUUGUAAAUAUAUUUACAUUAUUCUAAGUACAUAAGUUCUAACACUUGCUACUGUUAAUCAUGUGGAUGUGGCCUCUUCUGACGUUAUUUAAACCGUUUGUUUAAUGAUAUAAUAGAUAACAAAAACAGAUUCAUGGGUCUAAUGUAAUUUUAUUAUUCAAUUAUAAUAACAAGCAUACGUAACAGUAAUAAACUCUAGUUUCGUAUUACAAAAGCUAUUUAUUGCUUCGAUAGGAAAUUCCCUGUUGCACUAAAUCUUUCAGAAUAUACAAUCUUGACAUUUUGUAAAUAAUAACUUUUUUUAUCGGAAUAGAUAUACUUAUGGAUUGGUCCCAUAGAAUUUUUUUAUCAAAAUCGAUUCAAUAGUUCUUAAAAUAAUUAGUUUUGUUACAAUUGAAGUCUGUUUUUUUUGUGGGACACCAUCUUUAGUUAUGGGCUUAAAUUUUCUUUAGAAACUGAAAUAUGUAAAAUAAAUUAGUUUCCGAUGAACCUAAUUUAGAAUAAAAAAUUGACACAAUUUACUAUUAUUUAGAUACCAAUCGGGGUCAGUUGUAUUAUAUAUAAUUUUGUGUAGAAUUUGUUAUUUUUACGAAACUACUUGUACCCGCAAUAAAAUGAAGAUUUUUACUAAAUUUACAGUUUAAUUUUGUCCUGUCGGGUGGUAUCGUUACGUUAUGCACUUACGCAAGAAUUAAGCACUACCUAAUUGUUACUAUAUUACAGAAAUAUUAAGUUGUCUAAGUAUUAUGUUUUAGAAUAAGUGAGGAAUAUUUUUGCAAAUGCUAUACGAUAUACUUGUAAUUUUUAUUAUACAAGCAAAUAUAAUUUAUGCUGAGGUUCUAAAUAUCUGUGUAGCUAAAAAAAUAUUAGUCAUCGUAUUAAAAUGAAUCAAAGAAUUAAAAUGAUAUACGGUGUAAUUUGUAAAACGUUAAAUUUGACAUGAUGAUUAGCAUUUGCACAGAUUGGAUCUAAAAACAUCCAAAAUUAUAUUUUCUUUCUUUCAUUGUGACAUUUGGGGUAAAUUGUUUCAUAAAUAAUUGCUUGUACCUAUAAAUUUCGGCUUCUCAUAUCGAGAGUAGGCAUAAAAAAUAAAAUUAUAAUAAGUAAAUUAUGGCAUUUGUAUUUGCUAUUGAGCAGCAUUUAGUUUAUCUGUUUUAUUUAGUAUAUCUAAAAAUAUUCUCUAGACAGUUUUAUAAAAAUUUUAUUUCACUGGUUUCAACAUUGAAUUCUGAAUAAGGAGUUCUUUUAUUAAUAAAAAUACAUAGACACUGCGAAUUUUAA